AUCCAGUCACUAAGUUAGUAAACAUUCCUUAGCCUGCUUCCUGGAUUCCCAUAAUGCUAGGCGCAGGGGCACUGAUGAGUUUCAUUGGCCAGAUUUGAAAAAGUACCGCCAGGGGGAAUUAGAAACAAGUUUUGUGUGGUUAUUUGUAUAAAGUCAUAUAUCACAUUUUUGGAUAAAAGAUUAUAAUUCGAGGUUGACUGAAUGGAGUUCUUUUUGGAUCCUUCUGCUACUUUCAUAGUACCUUUAGAAGCAACAGGAAAGCCUGAAAGGUGUGUCUCUCUGGAAGAUCUGAAGACCAACCUUUUGGAGAGGUUUUCAAAUGCUGACGUUUCUGAGGGAGCAGACUUGGAAUCUAAAGAACACCUCAAAGUUUACUUAAGGAUCAGACCUUUUACAUCAUCUGAAUUAUCCCAAAAUGAGUCACAGGACUGCAUCAAUGUGGAGAACUUGACUAACGUGAUACUUAAAGCCCCAAGAAGCUCCUUGAUUUGCAGGCUUAGUGAAAAAGGUGUUGGGCAAGUUGCACAGAGGUUCUCAUUUUCACAGGUUUUUGGGCCCGUUACAACACAAGAAGAGUUGUUUGACAGUACUGUGAAACAGCUGGUGCAAGAAUUUUUGUAUGGGCAAAAUUCUUUGCUUUUUACAUAUGGAGUUACCAAUGCUGGGAAAACCUACACGUUUCAAGGUACGGAUUGCAAUGCUGGCCUUUUGCCACGAUCUAUGGCUGUUCUGUUUCAUAAUAUUAGAGAGAAAUUGUAUGAUAAGAUGGACUUCAAGCCUCAAAGAUGUAGAGAAUAUUGUCGACUCUCAGAAGAUCAGAUAAAAGUAGAAAUGUCCAUCAAAAACUCUGUACUUCGAUUAUUAAAGGAGAACAGUUCACAGGGCAAUGUAAAUGCCCCUCAAUGUACUACCCACCCAUCGGAAUCUGCCACUGACGUUUGUAUAGAAGGAAGUUCCAGUAUGCUUACAGAACUUGAAGAAAGUUUAAAGCAAUCUGAACAGUAUGCGUUUGAUGUUCCAAAUGUGAAAUUUACUGUUUGGGUUUCCUUUUGUGAAAUCUACAAUGAAUGCAUUUAUGAUCUGUUGGAUCCCAUUCCUAGUGAUAAGUCACAGAAAAGAAAGAUGCUUCGUCUUGCACAAGAUAUAAAGGGCAACUCUUAUGUAAAAGAUCUAAAAUGGAUUCAGGUUUCUGAUCCUAGAGAAGCAUGCAGAAUACUUCAGUUGGGAAAAAAGCACCAAAGUAUUGCCUGUACUAAGCUAAACAAUUUGUCUAGCAGAAGCCAUAGCAUAUUCUCAGUCCGAAUUCUGCAGCUUGAAGACGAAGAAGUUCCUCGUGUAUUAAAAGUUAGUGAGUUCUGUAUGUGUGAUCUUGCUGGAUCUGAGCGAUGUGCAAAGACACAAAAUGAAGGCGACAGACUGAGAGAAGCUGGAAAUAUAAACACUUCAUUGUUGACUCUUGGGAAAUGCAUCAAUGCAUUAAAAAGUAAUCAGCAAUCAAAACUACAGCAGCAUGUGCCAUUUCGAGAAAGCAAAUUGACCCAUUACCUGCAAAGCUAUUUCUGUGGACGAGGAAAAACGUCAAUGAUAGUGAAUAUAAGUCCUUGUGCUUCCAUGUAUGAUGAGACACUUAACGUUCUAAAAUUUUCUUCAGUUGCUCAAAAAGUCCUGGUUUAUAAUUCAAGUAGACCUACAGCACUGCCGUGUGAUGAUAGGCGAUCGGCCAGUGACGUCUCUCUCAUCAUAAAUAACGCUGACAAUAAAUUCACAAGGAGGAAAAGGGCUACAAUUCUUUGGGAUACGAGUCUGGAGGACGUUAAAGAAGUUGAUGAUGCUAAUCUUGAUUAUGAGGAAGAUGAGGAGGAAGAAGCAUCGGAGUUGCAUGAAAAAGAUGGGGAAGAAGCAUCAGAGUUGCAUGAAAAUGAUGAUUUACAGGAUAAAUCAGCUGAAGAAAAAGAGAAGAAUGUUGUUCUUGAUAGAAGUGAAUAUGAGGAUUUAAUGUGUGUGUUGAACAAUUUAAAGGAGCAAAUAGUUAAAGAAAAGAAAGAAAAGUUGAUGCUAGAAUUUCAAGUCCGAAAAGAAGUCACUGAGGAGUUAUCUCAGCUUUUUUCUGAACGUGAAAAGGACUUCAGUGAACGUCUUCAGAAAGAAAGGCAGCUGAUGGAAGAUAGAUUUGAUGAACGGCUUGAAAUUUACAAGGAGCUAUUAAAGAAGUAUAAGGAGAGAGAGGAAAAGGGGGAGGAGCAAGAUGGCGUGCCGAGUCCUGGUGAUCCAAUACAAACUCAGGUGGUGACCAAUACAGAGAAGUUGGACCACAUUUUAGAUUCUUUACAGGAGGAUGUUGCAGAUAUUAAAAAGCAAGCAGAAACUGCUCAGAAAACAAUACAAUCCAUGCCUGAUCGGUCUGUUGAAGAGCUUGAAUAUAAAUUAGAAGAAGUAACUGCUGAACUUGAACAAGCACAGGAUGCUUUGACAAAACAAACUGCUGAGCUGGAAGUAUUCAAGACAAACACCAACAAAGAACUACAAGAAGCUAAUCUGAAAAUCGAGUCAUUGAAUGAGAGAUUGCAAGAAUGUAUGAAUAUCCUACAGCAGAAGGAUGAGGCAAUCAGUAAAUUAGAAGAACUGGUAUCGUACUGGGAGCAGAGUUCUAAAGAAUAUGAAGAGACUAUAAUGAAAAUUAAAGGAAAAAUGACAAACAUCACUUUAACCACAGACAAGGACACGCUGCAGGGUAAAGAGCCUUCUGACGCACUGGCUGGAAACAGGAAACGUUGUGGUGAAUGCACUCAGGAUUUGGCAGAGCAACCACCUUUAAAGAAAGGCUUAAGUGAUGAAGAUUUGAAUAGGCAUGUUGUAAAAAUAGCCGCAUUGGGAAACCAUGAAAAAAUUCAGUCUGCAAAAGUGGUUGUGGAAGCAUCAUUACAUGGCAAAGUAGAGAGUCCUGAAGAUAAGUUAGAAAAAAUUUUGAAGGAUCUCCAGAGUGAGAGAUCAGCAAAAGAUUUACUCUCUGAGCAGGUGGAACAUUUAAAAGAUCAUCUUUCCUUGUCUGAAAAGAAAGUCCUCCAAUUGGUUAAUGAUGUAGAACAUUACAAGUCUUUGUAUGAAAUCUUGGAGUCUAAUAUCCAGACUCAGAAAGACACUAGUGCUGAAAAAGAACUGCAAAUAAAGUUACUGACUGAAGAGCCUGAGGAAAGCAAAACCAAUCUCUCUCUGAAGAUUGCUGAAAUACAAGCACUGCAGGUGAAACAAAGCAGAUUUACUAUGCUUACCAGGGAAGCUCAGAAUACUGAUGCUGAAUUAAUAAUUACAAAACCUGCCUUAGAGAAAGCAGAAGAAUAUUCCACCGAAAAAGCUGUUUUGAUCGAAUCCCUUCAAACGCAUCUCACCAGUUUAUCUCAGGAACUUGAAUCAGCUAAGUUUGCUGGUGUUAAACAAGACACUGAUCACUUCCAUGACACAAUUGAAACAAUGAGGAAGGAGUGUGAGCAGAUAGUAAAGGUAUCGUCUAAAAAAAGUCAGCAGAUUCAGGAACUAGAACAUGAGAUUGAAAGGUUACAAAAGCUUAUAAGGGACAGGGAUGCCACUCUAGUGAACCAAAGUGAAAUACCUACUGAUAACUGCUUACUACAGGACAGUAAAAAUGUUCUUCAGCCGCCUAUAAUUUUUAAAGAAACUUGCUUGCCAGAGUCUGAAACACAGGCUCUUUUAUCAAAAGAGAAACUGCCUGAGCUUGAAAAAGAGAUUGAAGUUAAAGAAGAAAAUAAACAAUUUGAGAGAGAGUUGCCAAUCCCUAAUGACAAUGAUGCAGCUGUUUUGGAAAGUAGACUGCAAGAGAAGGAUAGGAUGCUGUCAGUUUUGAACAGCAACUUGCGAGAGUUACAGGAGAAGCUUAAGAAUUAUGAACAGAGUAUUAUUAAUCAUGAUCUUCAAGAGGUGAAUCUGAAGGAAGGCAACCAGCAGAUGACGGAACAGUUAAUAUCAACAAGUAACAGCUUGGAAAUGAAGGAAAAAGAACUAAUCACAGCCAAGGACGAGUUACAAAAGUUAACGAUCAUGCAGUCAGAACAUACUUCAGAAAUCCAGACACUUCGAUUGAAUCUCAGAGUAAAGGACGAAGAAUAUUCCGACUUGAAAGAAAAGUUUGCUGAUGCGAAGAAACAGAUCCAGCAAGUUCAGAGAGAGGUUACUCAAAUGCGAGAUGAAGAUAAAUUGCUGAGGAACAAAGUUAAUGACUAUGAAAGAGCAAAGAAUCAGCUUGUAGAAGAACUGGCUAUUAAGGACCGUACAAUUCAACAGCUUACUAAGGACAAGUCAAACAACGGAAAGCUGGAAGAGACUUUGCAGCUGUUUCAAACUACAUGCAAAGAACUGCAAGCAAAAGAGAAAAUCAUAAGUGACAUGCAGCUUGCUUUAACAGAGCAAGAACAGACUCAAGAAGAGCAAGAUGUUGUAAUAGACACAAAACUGGAAGAGAUUGCAUUAUUAACCACAAAAUUAGACGACUGGAAAAAUAAAUGUUCAAACUUAGAAAAGAAACUGAUGGAAGAUCAAAGUACCUGUCAAAAAUGUGAAGCUAAAGAAUCUGAAGAAACAUCUACGCUGGCUUGCCAAGAGGUGACCAAAACUAAAGAGGUUAUAAAGCAGGAAACUGAAGAAAAGCACACAGCUGAUAGAAAAAAAUGGUUAGAAGAAAAAAUGGUGCUGAUUAAUCAAGCAAAAGAUGCUGAAGAAAGUCGCAACAGAGAGAUGAGAAAAUAUGUGGAAGACAGAGAACGCUGUGCACGGCUGCAGGCAGACUUGGAAUGUCUUAAUGCCCAACUGAGUGAAAAGGAUGAUUAUCUUCAGCAGUGGCGUAAUGAGCGUGAUCAGCUAGUUGCAACACUGGAAGUAGAACUUAAAAAUCUCAUUUCCAGCUGUUCUGAAAAGGAUGAAGAGCUACAGAGACUACAGAAAUGUGUGCAAGAGCAUCCAGUGGAGCAGGACCUUCAGUGUACAGUGAAAAGACUGCAAGAAGAAAUGACUCAGAAAGAUGCUGUUAUUGAGAGACUUGAGCAGCAGUUAUCACAGCAGAGAUCGCAUUCCUCAUGUAAUACUUCAAAGAUGAACUCUGAGCCAGAAACAGGAGCUGAGCAACAGAAGGAGCCAGGUCAUUCAGAACCCAUGUUGGAUUCCUCAGAAUCAUCAGCUGAAGGUGAAAAGAUAAGACGAUUUCCCAGACCACAACUUGAAAUUAAGUUUACACCAUUGCAGCCCAACAAGAUGGCAGUAAAACAUCAUGGUAGCCCGUCAGCAGUUACUGUCAAACUAAAUAGAACUGGAAAAAAAAGGAAAAGCUGUGAGAUGGAAGGGGCUUCUGUAGAAAAAGAGAACAAGGAAAAUAAAACAAGAAGCAGAAUUGUGUGCAACACUCCUAAGAUACAGUCUACCUCGAGCAUUUGUAAAUCUGCACAACAGCAGAAAUCUGUAUUAGGAAUCCAAAGAAAUAUGUCUGCUAGAAAACGCCUAUCACAAUCCAGUUUAAAGUCCAGUUGCAAAAAGGAUGCAACACUGCAAAAAAUUGGAGAUUUUCUGCAAUGCUCUCCUGCAUUUCUCCAUUCUAAAGCCAAGAAGCUAAUAGGAACACUGAAGUCUGCAUCAGAUAAUGAUACGAAUAAAGUAAAAGAGAACCAAACUAGACGAACUAAGCGCAGGCUGUACAACACCGACAUUUCAUCACCUUUAGAUAUCCCGUCACAUCAGAUUAUCAUGUGUGAAAACAAAAAAGAGAGCGAUCAUCUUAUUAUCAAAAGACGCCUACGUUCAAGAAUGGCAAAAUGAGAAUUCAAAGCAUGAAGUUGUCAUUUAAAGGAUUUUAAUGCUUAAAAAUCAGUGUAUCUUUUGAAACUUAAGAACUUUUUAGCGGAUGAUGUAAAUGUUAAACAUGUAAAGUUCUUUAAUGUUCUGAUAAGCGUGCAUAUCGUUCACAGAUUUAUGUACUUUAAUAACUGUCAUUAAGUUCUUGAUCAGUAAUGUUUUACAUGGUGCAUCUAUAUAUACACACACACAUGCAUAUUUGGUUACAUUCAUUAAGUCCAUAUUUAACAAGUUGUACAUUGAAUUUUUAUGUUAAAUACAAGUCCCUAAGAACACACAUAAUGUAUCUUAAUUAGCAGUAAACUAAAAUUAAAAUGAAGUCUCUUUCACAUUCUAAAUGCAAAAUAGACAAAUGGAAAUCAUCGUUAAAUAUGCAGACCGGUAAACAGAGAGACACUAGUACAGAAAUCACGUUUCAUUUUGAAUGUAGUAAAUGUAAAAUAAUGUUCUGCAGAUUAUCUCUUUCUUGUUUUAUGACGAGCCAUUUAAUUCCAAUAUUCCCUUCAUGUCUGAUUGAAAACAAAAAAAAUUCCCUGCUCUAUGAAACAUUCCUGAAUGGUACAAAAUAAGCAAAACAAGUGCCUUGUGAUAGGAUGUACUGUUUUUCUGUAAGGCUGUCUCCCAUUUGUUGUAAAUAAAUAUAAGUAUUUGUCUUUACAAA